GAGGGGGCGGCCGAGGGAGGAUGCAAAGGAAGCCUCGCCCGCCACGGCGAACAGGCCAAUUGCAUGGACAUUUUCCUUCCGCCUUCAGUCGUCCAUCCCCAAGAUCUUUCAGAAACUUUCAUUCUGUAUAUUCUUCUUCUCGGAAACUUGGCUAAUGCGUAGUUAAAAUCGUUGUGCGCCAAGCGCCGAGCAGGGAGCAAUUACUUCCUGAAUGAAAGCGCAGCGUGGCGCUUAAUGAGACAACGAGGAGCCUGCGAGGUGCUGAUUGGCUCUUCUUCCGAGGGGAAGUUUGUUACAAAUAAAGAUGCUUCUCGAGUUCGGGAGAGUCAGACAAAGGCCGGGCAGCAACGCGGCUGCCUCGUGGGCUUGGACUGAAGAUGCAGAAACUGUGUCAGAGAAAGCCCAGCCUGUCUCGGCUGCUGAAAAUGAAACGGCACGCGCCUCCCUUCCCCUUGAUCUUCGUUAUCUACUGCGUUUGCACCGCACGAGUCACCUCAGGAUUUCCACAGCCCUUUGAUGACUAUCUAGGCGAAUCAGACAUUCCUAAAAGCAAGAUCUGCCGUUCUGUUAUGGAUCUUUGUAACUCCAUGUUUAAUGGCAUGCAGAUAGAUGAGGAAAAUAAUCAGGAAAUAUAUAAAAGGUUUUUAUUUCACUACUCCAGAGCUCAAGAUCCAACAUAUCCACUUAAAACCGGGUCUUUCCCUGUGCAUCCUUUAAUGAGCCUUGCUCCAAAGCUCUCGGAGAGGAGAAUGAAAAGAUUCCUUGAUCCUGAAUCUCAACUUGCAGCCGAAGAAUUCGGGAAGAAGGACAGCAUGGAUACCUUGGGCCGACCCUUUUUUCUCUUCAGGCCAAGGAAUGGAAGGACAGUGGAUAAUGGAGGUGAAUAGGCCAGUCAAAAGACUUUUCUUUCAGACUUCAAGGAAAGAGAAAACCCAAGGGUCACUUGACUUCCUCGCUCUAUCACUUUAAACUCUGAAAAUAAACGUUUGGACUACUAGUCCGCUGUUCAGAGACAUGCUCUUGAAGCCUGUGAAGUUACAUGUAAUAAACUUGCAGCCAUCAAUUAUACCUGUAUGGUU